CUCCCUCGCCUCGCCUUCCUUCCAUCCUUUCUCAUACGUAGCUUCCUUCCAUUCGCCCUCCCCCUCUCCUCUUCAUCUGAGCGCACCAGCGGUGGCGAGAUGGCCGACAAGGGGAAGGGGAAAGCUGUCGAAGACACUGCCGGUACUUCGUCGCAGACUUCAGGGCGGACGGAGACUGCCGGUGGCGGCGGGACUCAGCAGGAGCUUCCACUCGGCGCCUCUUCCCAGAUCAGUGGAGCUCCCGGUGGCGGGGGCGGGUCGGGGCUCUCGCAGACGCUGAGCAAUCAAGCCCGUGGGAGUGCGCCCUUCGGCGGCCAGAACCAGAUCGCCAACCCACAAUUCGCUGGAGGUGGCUGCGGGGGCGGGUCAGGGGCAGGGUUCAGGGGAUUCUCUCAGUUUGCUGACGGGCACGGGGGAUUCUCUCAGUUCCAUUCGAGUCCACCGGCAGCGAUGGUCCAGCCGACUCUAGGCAGUCAAGUUGCAGCCAGUGGGAGUGCGCCCUUGGGCAUCCACCCGGCGAGCGGCCAGAACGGCAACCGCUGUCAGACGAUGCCGCCCGUGGGCGAUCAAGCCUCAGUGGAACGGGAUUGCACUAUUUGCGAAGUGGCCACGCCCCGGCUUUGGAUUAUGGAAGGUACCCCGCUGCCCUUGUGCGAGGAUUGCGAGAGAAAAAUCUUCUUCCACGCCAGGCCUCUACAGCAUCUAGAGCAAUAUCUUGCCUCUACAGCUGUCGGUGGCGGCGCCGGGUCGAUACCCGUGUUUCUUGCAGCUCAUGGUCGCGUCGGCUGGUUCUCUCAGUGGGCGGGCGACAAUCCAAGUUUUUUUCUUAUGAAAACACACAGUUAACUGAAGUUUAACUGAUGUAAGCUUCAGUUAAUACUUUUUUUUUGCUGCACAGU